AUGCAAUUGUUGCCGGAGAGAUGCCUCGAGAAUGCACAAGAGCUCCAUUUCAAGGCAAAUUUUCAAUACCCAACAACCAACAGGUGUCUCCAUGGACACAAGGAAAGUGAUGAAUGGUACACUCGUGAAGGCCUGUAUCAGGGAGCUCCGCGAACCGAAGUACUGGAAGGAGGCAGGGAACAGCCACCGCCGUUUGAAUCUCUUUCGCGCAAAGCAGCCUCGGUACUUGAUCAGGUCAAGCCAAACUCCCUAACCAGUUUCAGCUGGGAUCUAGGAACGUGUAUCCCGGCCGAGAUUCUAGGCUCGAAUGGGAUUCUACCCCAAAAGCAUCCGCAACUGCAGAGCCUCAGCGUGUCCGGUGACUUUUUAUGCAACAGAGGCGUCAAGAUUUCCGUCUCCGCAUUCCGUAGCCUUCAAAGGCUAAGAUGGAGAGCGCCAAACGGGAGGCAGGUGAAUGCCUUGUCCGAAGCUAUCGAGAAUAAUGCGAGCCAUUUAAAAGAGCUCGAGAUAGACUUUGCUCGCUGGAAGACACUCGAGAGCUCUAUCCAGUACCCUUACGGAGGCUUGGGUGGCGGCAUUUCGAGAAAGGUUUUCGGGGUCGGCUCCCAAGGCCUUUUAACAGCGUGCACCCAACUUGCGGGGAUCCCAAGUCCACCGCAAGGCAUCAUAUUUAAAGAAAUCCGCUCACUGUCCCUCACAGAGGUCCCGCUCACGGCAGACCUGGCGCGGGCGAUAAACUUUCAGACACUAGAGUCUCUCAAGCUCCGUACAUGCCCGGACUGGUUUGAUUUCCUCGAUGCGAUUGUUGAGGAUAAGGUGGAGCUUAAUCUGAAAGCAUUUGAACUGACUGACGAUCUUGGCGAAUACCAGAAGACACAGGAUGGAUAUUAUGACGCCUGUGUUGCAUCAAUGGCGGCUUUCUUGGCUUCAUUCAAGGGACUCGAGCAGCUUCAUCUGGCCGCCUUUGGCCCCCGUGACACCGCUGCAGCGUGGCAGGGAUAUGCCCGCGAUCAUGGAGAAUCAUUGAAGAGCCUUGUGUUCCAUGAUCGAUCUGCCAACUGGGACCGACAAAGUUAUGGCAGCGGAGAAGUUUCUGACUACCCAUAUCUUCUGUCUCUGGGCCAGGUCAAGCUGUUUGAAGAGGAUCCCUCUCAGAAUCCUCUAUCACUGUUCAACCUGAAUUUCUUAGGCGUAUGCUGUCGGACGGACUAUUUGAAAAGCCUACUUGCUGGUCUCAAAGAGCCCAAUACUGUGAAGGUUCUUCAUAUCCGAGAGAGUAGUGCAUACCUAGAGAUGUAUAAACACUCCAGGGCUGUGAACCAACUGGAUCUGGAAAAGGCUCUGAUUGUAAAUCAGCAGGACAUUGACAGUACGGACUUCAAUGAUAUCCUGCGCCAUGUGGUCACGCCAAAACGUCCCGUCAAACAGGAGGCCGAAGAAAUCCAGCCGGAGUUUUUAGAUUUGGUAGGAUGGGCGUUUGGACCAGAGGGUAUCAAUUCUCUUGAUGUCCUUGCAUUUGGAGACUUCUCGCAUGGUUGUCGAGAGCCUCAGAACAAUCUGCUCUUCUCCCGAAACCGAACGGGUAAUAAGUCGAGCUUUUCGCGUAUUCAUAUGGAUGAUGAAGAAUGGCACGAUGUGCUGGACCAGUAUGGGGAUGCGAUCAAGGCGUGCCCGACAGACAGGCUGUUACACACCCAAGAAACCCUGAACCAACGAAUCCGCCCCUGGUGGUGA